CAGUGUGUGGAGCAGCUUUGUCUCAGAAGGAGCUCUGAGCCGAGCUGAACACCAGAGAAGCCCCGAGGAACCCCCUGAGGAACCCUGAGGAACCCCGGAGACGCCGCGACGUCGUUUCGGGGGCUGGAGACCAGCCGUCAACUCUAAUAACGGAUUCUGUAACGGAUUAAGACGGUCCGGAAAGUGGAAAGUGGCCUUUUUGUCUCUUCUUUACUGGAACAGAUUCUUACAGGGAUUUUCUUUUACCAGCUGGAUGAUAUGCCUGAGCAGACCCAAGCACUCACGCUGAUCACUCUUGGGACAUAACUCAAAAAUCAACUUAAAAAAGAAGCGAAAUCAGGAUUAAUAUUCUUCAGGAGUGCACGUGGAUUUAUAUUACCAGGGUUUUUUACUGUUCCCUUUUUCUGGAUUGCAUGGCUGUUGGUUUUAUCCUAUGAUUGUAUGAGAGUGGGUAGAGCAGAGCGGGGACCGAGGAGGAGCUGUGCCAACCUGGAACAUGGUGCCUAAUAUUUGCCCGCCAGUGCCCUUCCUGCCUAAUUGGCUGCCUCUCCUGCUAAUGCUGGGCUGCAUGGUGUUUUCCUCGCAGGCAGACAGCAUGCCAACUUUCGUAAAGACCCCCGAGGACCAGACGGGUAUUUCGGGCGGGGUGGCGUCGUUCGUGUGCCAGGCGGUGGGAGACCCCAAACCCAGGAUAACGUGGAUGAAGAAGGGGAAGAAAGUCAGCUCUCAGAGAUUUGAGGUAAUAGAGUUUGAUGGGGGCUCGGGUUCGGUUCUCCGGAUCCAGCCGCUGAGAACUCACCGAGACGAGGCCAUAUACGAGUGUACCGCCACCAACAGCGCCGGAGACAUCAACACCAGCGCCAAGCUCACUGUGCUGGAAGAGAACGAUAUUCCCAAUGGUUUCCCCACUAUUGAUAUGGGUCCUCAGCUGAAAGUGGUGGAACGGACUCGAACCGCCACCAUGCUUUGCGCCGCCAGUGGAAUCCCCGACCCCGAGAUCUCCUGGUUCAAAGACUUCCUACCCGUCGACAUCAACAGCAGCAACGGGCGAAUCAAGCAACUGCGCUCAGGGGGUUCACCAAUCCGAGGAGCUCUGCAGAUCGAGAACAGCGAAGAGUCGGACCAGGGGAAGUACGAGUGUGUGGCGAUGAACAGCGCCGGGACCCGGUACUCCGCACCCGCCAACCUCUACGUCCGCGUGCGGAGGGUCCCGCCCCGUUUCUCCAUCCCACCGACCAAUCAGGAGGUGAUGCCGGGGGGCAGCAUUAACCUGACCUGCGUGGCGGUGGGGGCGCCCAUGCCCUACGUGAAGUGGAUGGUGGGUGAGGUGGAGCUCACUAAGGAGGAGGAGAUGCCCAUCGGCAGGAACGUUCUGGAGCUCACCAACAUCCGCCAGUCUGCCAACUACACCUGCGUCGCCAUCUCCUCCCUGGGCAUGGUGGAGACCGUGGCACAGGUCACGGUUAAAGCUCUUCCUAAACCCCCGACGUCUUUGACGGUGACGGAAACGACGGCGACCAGCGUGACCCUGACGUGGGACUCCGGGAACCCCGAACCCGUCUCGUAUUAUAUGAUCCAGUACCGGUCCAAAGCCACGGACAACAGCUUCCAGGAAGUGGACGGCGUGGCGACGACGCGCUACAGCAUCGGCGGGCUCAGCCCGUACUCUGAGUACGAGUUCCGGGUCAUGGCGGUCAAUAACAUCGGCCGCGGUCCCCCCAGCGACCCCGUGGAGACCCGGACCGGCGAGCAGGCACCAUCCUCGCCGCCCCUCAGCGUCCAGGCCCGCAUGCUCAGCGCCAGCACCAUGCUGGUCCAGUGGGAACCGCCGGAGGAACCGAACGGCCAGAUCCGAGGAUACAGGAUCUACUACACCACCGACCCGGACGCCCAACUCAGCGCCUGGCACAAACACAACACCGACGACAGCCGUCUCACCACCAUCUCCGGCCUCAUCACAGACGUCACCUACAGCCUCCGCGUCCUCGGCUUCACCUCUGUCGGGGACGGACCUCCGUCAGACGUCCUGCAGGUCAAGACUCAGCAGGGAGUUCCAGCUCAGCCGUCCGGGUUCGAGGCCGAGACGGAACUGGACACUCGGAUCAUGCUGAAGUGGCUCUGGCCCGUCCAAGAUCCCAUCACCAAAUAUGAGCUCCAGUACUGGGAGGACGGAUCAGACAGCAAGAUCCUGGUGACCUUCGAUCCGGCUGGUUUCUACGCAGUGGAAGGUCUAAAACCCGAUACGCUCUACAAGUUCUCCCUGGCGGCUCGAUCCGACAUGGGCCUGGGGGUCUUCACCAAGCCCAUCGAAGCCAGAACCGCCCAAUCCACCCCCUCGGCCCCCCCUCAGGACGUCCGCCUGGAGAGUCUGAGCUCCACCAGUAUAAAGGUGAGUUAUGUGGCCCCGCCCGCCGCCAGUCGCCACGGCGCCAUCGUGCGCUACAGCAUUAGCUACCAGGCGGCGAGCGGCGAGGACACCGAGCGGCACGAGGUGAAGGACAUCGGGGUGGACACCCUCAGCUACGUGCUGGACGGGCUGGAGAAGUGGACGGAGUAUAAGGUGUGUGUGAGGGCCCACACUGACGUGGGCCCCGGCCCCGAGAGCCCGGCGGUACGGAUCAAAACCAGGGAGGACGUGCCCGGCGCUCCGCCCCGGAAGCUGGAGGUGGAGGCUCUGAACUCCACGGCCAUCCGGGUGACCUGGAAACCGCCGCUGUCCAACAAGCAGCACGGUCAGAUCCGCGGCUACCAGGUGAUCUACUCCCGGCUGGAGAACGGAGAACCGCGGGGGCAGCCCAACAUCCUGGACGUGGCGCUACCGGAAGCUCAGUGGAAAAAUGACGAGUCCACGGAAUAUGAGGCCGUCAUCACCGGGCUGCUUUCGGAGACGUCCUACUCGGUUACCGUGGCAGCGUAUACCACCAAGGGGGACGGAGCUCGGAGCAAGGCCAAGGUCAUCAAAACCACCGGAGCAGUGCCCGGCAAGCCCACCAUGAUCAUUAGCACCACAGUGGGCAACACGGCGCUAAUCCAGUGGCAGCCUCCUAAAGACAUGGUGGGGGAGCUGGUGGGCUACCAGUUACGCUACAAGCGCGUGGACGAGGAAGCCUUCACCGUACGCGAGCUUCGUCGCACCGACGACCACUACACCGUUACCGGGUUGUACAAGGGCGCCACCUACACCUUCCACCUGAGCGCCCGCAACCGCGCCGGCAACGGCGAGGAACACGUGAAGGAGAUCAGCACCCAGGAGGAAGCUCCCAGCGGGUUCCCGCUGAACUUUAGCGUGGUGGGGCUGACCACGACAACCACCCGGCUCACCUGGGAGCCCCCCGCCCUGUCGGAGCGCAACGGACGCAUCGUCAACUACGUGGUGGUCUACCGGGACAUUAACAGCCAGCAGAACAGCACCAACAGCACCGCCGAGACCCAGAUGACCAUCCACGGCCUCAAACCCGACACCACCUACGACAUCCGAGUCCAGGCCUUCACCAGCCGAGGAGGCGGACCCAUCAGCCCCAGCAUCCAGAGCAGGACCAUGUCCACCUCACCUGCGUUCGCCACGAGUUUUGGCGUGAAAGCCGUGAUGAAGACGUCGGUGCUGCUGACCUGGGAGCUGCCGGAAAACUUCAAAUCCCAAGUGCCUUUUAAGAUUCUGUAUAAUCAGCAGAGUGUGGAGGUUCAGGGGAAUCUGAAGAGGAAGUUGAUCACCGGUUUGAAGCCCGACACUAACUACUCCUUCGUCCUGAUGAGUCGAGGGAACAGCGCCGGAGGUCUACAGCAGCAGGUAUCCAUCCGUACGGCCCCCGACCUUCUAAAGACCAAACCCUUCGUCCUCAACACCGACCAGGCCAGUGCCGGGAAGCUCACCAUCAACCUGCCCAGAGUACCAAUCACAGCACCCAUCAGGUGGUAUUAUAUCGUGGUGGUACCGGGUUCUCUGACGUCGUCACGCCGGUGGGAAAACCCGGAUGAGAUGGAGCUGGAUGAGCUCCUGGAGACCAGUAGUGAAGGUCCUCUCCUGAGACGCCGGCGGCGUCACUCUGACGUGUCCCGGCCGUACAUCGCCGCCAGAUUAACCACCCUGCCCAACACCUUCACCCUCGGAGACCAGAAACACUACAGCGGCUUCUACAACCGACCCGUCCCCAACAACCAGCCCUACCUCUGCUUCGUCAUGGCCGAGCUCAAGGACCAGUACCUGCCCACCGCCAACGAGAAACAGCGGAUGUUCUCGGCCAGUCCGUACUCGGACCCGAUCGCGGUGGCAAGUAACGGUAACGUGUCGCGCAGUGUGGAGCAGCCGGAGAUGCUGUGGGUGAUGGGUCCAGUUCUGGCCGUGGUUCUCAUCAUCAUCAUCGUCAUCGCCAUCCUCCUGUUCAAAAGCAGCAAACAGGAGAGGAAACGGGCGUCGCCCUUACCUAAAGAUGAGCACCUGGGCGGAGUUAAAGACUCUCUGCUGGCGAAUUCCUCCGACCCUGUAGAGAUGAGGAGGAUCAACUACCAGACACCAGGUCCCAGCUCCUCCUGCUGUCCCAACACUCCAAGAAUGAGGGAACACCCGCCCAUCCCCGUGAGCGACCUCGCCGACCACAUCGAGCGCCUCAAAGCCAACGACGGCCUACGAUUCUCUCAGGAGUACGAGUCCAUUGAUCCCGGCCAGCAGUUCACCUGGGAAAACUCGAACAUGGAGGUCAACAAGCCUAAGAACCGCUACGCCAACGUCAUUGCCUACGACCACUCCCGAGUCAUCCUGACCUCAGUGGAUGCUGUUCCAGGUAGCGACUACAUCAACGCUAACUACAUUGACGGGUAUCGGAAGCAGAACGCCUACAUCGCCACCCAGGGCCCACUGCCAGAGACCCUGAGCGAUUUCUGGAGGAUGGUGUGGGAGCAGAGGACCAGCACCAUCGUCAUGAUGACCCGACUGGAAGAGAAAUCAAGAGUUAAGUGUGACCAGUACUGGCCAAUCCGAGGCACGGAGACGUACGGGAUGAUCCAGGUGACCAUGCUGGACACGGUUGAGCUGGCCACGUACAGUGUGCGCACGUUUGCGCUUUAUAAGAACGGCUCCAGCGAGAAGCGAGAGAUCCGGCAGUUCCAGUUCAUGGCCUGGCCAGACCACGGUGUGCCCGAAUAUCCCACCCCCAUCCUGGCCUUCCUGCGCCGGGUCAAAGCCUGCAACCCUCCAGACGCCGGACCCAUGGUGGUGCACUGCAGCGCCGGAGUGGGCCGGACCGGCUGCCUCAUCGUCAUCGACGCCAUGCUGGAGCGCAUGAAGCACGAGAAGUCGGUGGACAUCUACGGUCACGUGACCUGCAUGCGCUCUCAGAGGAACUACAUGGUGCAGACGGAGGACCAGUAUGUCUUCAUUCACGAAGCCCUGCUGGAGGCGGCGACCUGCGGCAACACCGAGGUCCCCGCCCGCAACCUGUACGCCCACAUCCAGAAACUCAGCCAGCCGCCGCCCGGAGACACCGUCACCGCCAUGGAGCUGGAGUUCAAGAGACUGGCGAACUCUAAAGCCCACACCUCGCGCUUCAUCAGCGCCAACCUGCCCUGCAACAAGUUCAAGAACCGGCUGGUGAACAUCAUGCCUUUCGAGACCUCCAGAGUGUGCCUGCAGCCAAUCAGAGGCGUGGAGGGGUCCGACUACAUCAACGCCAGCUGCAUUGACGGAUACAGACAGCAGAAGGCCUACAUCGCCACGCAGGGUCCCCUCGCCGAGACCACCGAGGACUUCUGGAGGAUGCUCUGGGAGCACAACUCCACCAUCGUAGUGAUGCUGACCAAACUCAGAGAGAUGGGACGGGAGAAGUGCCAUCAGUACUGGCCGGCCGAGCGCUCCGCACGCUACCAGUACUUCGUGGUGGAUCCCAUGGCGGAGUACAACAUGCCUCAGUACAUCCUGAGGGAGUUCAAAGUCACAGACGCCAGGGAUGGCCAAUCGCGAACCAUUCGCCAGUUCCAGUUCACUGAUUGGCCGGAGCAAGGAGUGCCAAAGACUGGUGAGGGAUUCAUCGAUUUCAUUGGCCAAGUGCACAAAACCAAGGAGCAGUUUGGGCAGGAUGGACCAAUCACUGUGCACUGCAGUGCGGGGGUGGGCAGGACCGGGGUCUUCAUCACGCUGAGUAUAGUGCUGGAGAGGAUGAGGUACGAGGGCGUGGUCGAUCUGUUCCAGACUGUAAAAACCCUCCGAACACAGAGACCUGCCAUGGUGCAGACCGAGGAUCAGUAUCAGCUGUGUUACCGGGCUGCUCUGGAGUAUCUGGGGAGUUUUGAUCACUAUGCAACGUAACGGAACCGCUCUCGGACCCGCGGCCCCCCGGACCGGAACCGUCAGGAGUACCUAACACUCCUGCUGAGCCACCGUCCACACAGACCACCCUCACCCCCCAGAACCGAACCAGUGGGGCUGAAUAUUCCGCCGACUGCUCCACCAAUCGCAGCGGCCCAUUCUGACUGGAACACCCAGAUUUAUCAGAUUUAACCAAGUUACGAAGUUUCGUAGUCAACGACAACGACAACUCUCCUCCAGAAGCAACAGAUUUCGCUUGUUUUUUGUUUUUGAGAACAUUAUUAAACGUCUCCAGCUCACAAUGCCACUCAUUUUCGAAAGCUACUGGUAGCAUUUUUAUAUAGAUUUUUAUUUUGUUUUGUAAUUUUUAUUCAAGUUCACAUUGUCAUUGUUGAUGAUAUUAUUAUUUCUUGAAAUCAUUUAGAAUAAUUUUGUUUUUUAAUAAUCAUUUAACGUGAUUUUCUUGCCACAAUAAAAAAAAUCCGGAUAAAAAGGAGGAUUAUUGGAGGAUACUUUCAGGUAGUGUACCUCCUGGUGAGAGAACGUUGAGUUUUUGCCGAAGUUAAAAGUCAAAAAAUUAAACUUUUUUUUUUAUCUCCAUCUCAUAAUGCCACUCAUUUUUGAAAGCUACUGGUAGCAUUUUUUUUUAUAUAUAUAUAAUUUUUUGGUCAUUUUUAAUCAAGUUCACCUUGUCGUUGUUGUUAUUGUUAUGUAAUUCAACUUAAAAAAUAUUAUUAUUUCUUGGAAUAAUUUAGAAUAAUUGGGUUUUUUCAUUGUUUUAAGUUUUUGUUUAAUGUAUCAUUUAGCAUAAUUAUCUUGCCACAAUCAGAAAAUCCAAUUAAAAAAAAGGUUCUCAGAGGAGAAUCUCGGGUAGUGUUCCUCCUGGUGAGAGAUCGUUCCUUCCUCCAGAAGCGAGAUUUUUUUUUUUCGUCUUUUUUUUUUUUUUUGAGAAAUUUUACGGUUAAACGAAAUUUAAUCGUUUUUUUUUUUUGUUUGUUUUGUGUCUUUUUUUUUCUCAUCUUCACACAGCCACUCGUUUUAAAAAGCUACUGGUAGCAUUUAAUUUUUUUAUAUAUUUUUUUUUUUCUUAAAUCAAAAUUUUCACAUUGUUUUUCCUGUUGUUGUUCUAUAACUUGACGAUAUUUUUAUUUUCUUGGAAAAUUUAGCUUUUUUUUUUUUUAGAAUUUCUUUAAAAAUAAUAAUCAUUUAACAUAAUUGUCUUUUGUCUUAACAGCCUUUUUCUGGGUCUCUGUUUUUAUUUUAUUUUUUUCUACGUUUUCUGCAUUUUCCACGACAGGUACUGUGUUUUACUGUACAUUUCUCCUUUUUUUUUUCAAAUUUCUUUUAUUUUAUAGGUUAUUUUAGCACAAGGGACAUGUAUUUUUAACACGUCUCUCGAUACUAACACUGGGGGACCUGUGGGUUCUCUGAGCUGCUGUCUGUUUUACUGUUUUAUUACCGUUUUAUUGAUUUACUUUAUAACGUUUUACUUUAUAACAUCUAUUAUUAUGAUUUCUAUUGUUUCUUUUAUCUUUUUUUAUUUUUAUCUUGAUUUUCUUUAUAUAUAUGUCUAUAACUGUUGGUUAUUGGUGAAAUCGGAGGGGUUGCUUUGGAAAAGCCGAAAAGCCUUGUUUUAAUUUUCUUUUUUUUUCUAUGAUUUCUUUUGUAUUUUUACGGUACUAAAUAUAUAGAUAUAAAUAUUAUAUACUGAACGUAACCCUGGAGGAAGGUUUAUUGAUACUGAAUGAAUGACAUGCAAGAAAGACUAAAUAUAAAAAAAAAUAAUAAUAAAAAAAAAUUCAAUGCUGAAUAUAUAACGAUAAUUCUGAGGAUAUAUAUGUAUUUAAAUAUAUAUAUAUAUAUAGAAAAAGAGAGCGAUCAGUUCAGCACUGUACAGAAACAGAAGCAGGAGGUCAAUUUUCACGGGACACUACAAACUGUACAGUAUUGACCACUCCCCCAAAAAGGGCAAAAAGCAAAAAAAAAAAAAAAAGACUCCUGCAUAAGUCGCCCCAACUGACCCGAUACCCCUUUUUAUACGGAAAUAUAGAUAUAUAAAUAUAUAAAUACGAAGAAUUAUAAAUACUACUAUUCAUAUAGUAUAUCUACAGCUUCAGAUAUAUCGUCAGUCACCCUCUCGACGGAAGUUAUCGUGGAAUUUCACCGAAAUAAAGGACAAAAACGCUGCGAGACUGACGUCCGUCAACCUGUAUCCACGGUAUAAAGUUAUAUCUACUGUAUUCUCAUCACCCCGGACGGGGGGCGGGGCCUUCGAAGGGGGCGGGUCAGCACGCACUCGGCGGGGGCGGACCCUCGGCCAAGGUGCUGAUUUUUACCUUGUGGAAUAUUAGUGCUGUAGGGGUUCACUCUGUUGUACACAAGUCUGUUUUCUAUUGUUAAUAAGAAAAAAACUGGAAUUCAAUUGUUCGGGACAAAAGAAAAACUUGAUGUUAAUAAAGUUGAAUAAUUGUU